CACGAGUUUCCCCUACAUACAUGCCUAUGUGACUAACACCUGUGAGCCUGGCACUCACGAAGAGGGUGUCAGGUCCCUUGCUUGGGAUUGGAGUAGGGACAGUUGUUAGCCUCCACGCGGGUGCUGGGAACCAAGCCUGGGUCCUCUGGAGGAGCAGCCAGUGCUCUUCUCUACUGAGCCCUCUCUCCAGCCCAAAGGAUCACAUUUUUGUUUCCAGUGCCCUACAGGUAAGGGGUGAAAGAAUGGGAGGACUACGCAUGCGCAUUGCAUCAACGCCUGUCUGAAGAAGAAUUUAGCCGAGUCACUUACUUUCUUUUGACUUCUUUCAAGGUUUCAUCUUUAUUGCUCUUUCCCCUGAAGUUUGUGCAGAACAUGUCCAGGUGUAGCUUCUGGCAGCAUCUAUCUUGCAUGUUAUUCUCUGAACUUCUACAGCUGUGUUUUGGCGUCUUACAUAGUUCUUCUUUUCCCACGGUUCGUACAUCGCGGUCUUUUCGGUAACCUACACUUCUGUUUUUUUCCCUUCUCUCCUUUAGUUUUAGAAGCUUUUAUCAGAAGCCAUGCCGGUACACUAUGCCCAGUAUUAAGGUGAGGAGCUUCUAGAACAGCUGUGUGUAUGAGCUGCAUCGCCAGUGACUGGGGGGGUUGCCGCCAGCUCCCUUCAGAACUGAGUUUAAGGCUGCUGGAGCCUUAGUCAAAAUGGUCACCACAAGUCCCUUCUUCUGCACGGCCAGAGAGGUAGCUCAUCUUUUCAAUGUCAUCAGCCUUUGGAAGGAUGUGGAACCACCUUUUACCAUCGCGAACAGUUGGGUUAGUCGGUGCACUCGAUGUGCUGGCCAGAGGUAGCAAUUUCCCCUUUUCCUCGGAGUGAUGUUCCUGUCACAACAUUCUAGGUCUUCCAUGUCUAGGCCGGGCUGACCGGACCCCCUCACCAUCCACAACUGCCCGGUUAGUUGGAAACUCGGAACGGGAACGGAAACCCCCAAAAAGUAAAGGUGUGGAAAGGGAACAGAAAUGGAAUAAGAGGAAAGCUGGGUUAGGAGGGACAAAAAAUGAGCACUUCCGGCAUAGGUAGACAACAUUGGAAAAUAACAGAGAAAUUAGAGAAACCAUGAACACUCGCGAGAGGGUUUGGCGAGAACACUGCUCAUUUCUGCUCAGCAGGAGUGGUUGGCGCCGUUGUGUUUUGCUCUAUACUUAGCCCCGAAGAAAGCCUCAGAACACAAUGGUUAAAUAAAGCUUUUGAAAAUGAAAAACAGGGACGGGAAACGCAGGGGCGGCUUCCGGGUGCCGCCGCUGCCGCCGCUGCCGCCGCUGUUGCUCCCCGGCCGCCGCCGCCGCCGCCGCCGCCGCCUUGGAACCCGGGCCUGGGGGGCGGUGGGGCCUCGCAUGGAGCCCCCGCCCCCCGGAGCUGCCGCCGCCGCCCCCGCCGCGCCACACGCAGGUCCCUCUGGAAUGGCGUGAGCACUUCCCUAGCGAUGGACCCGUCUGUGACGCUGUGGCAGUUUCUGCUGCAGCUUCUGAGAGAACAAGGAAACGGCCACAUCAUCUCAUGGACCUCACGGGAUGGCGGUGAAUUUAAGUUGGUGGACGCAGAGGAGGUGGCACGUCUGUGGGGGCUGCGCAAGAACAAGACCAACAUGAAUUACGACAAGCUCAGCCGGGCGUUGCGGUACUACUACGACAAGAAUAUCAUCCGCAAGGUGAGCGGUCAGAAGUUUGUCUACAAGUUUGUAUCCUUCCCAGAGGUUGCAGGGUGCUCCACUGAAGACUGCCCACCCCCGCCUGAGGUGUCUGCAGCCUCGACUGUCGCCAUGGCCCCUGCUGCUAUCCAUCCAGCCCCAGGAACACCCAAGGGUGCAGGAAUGGCCGGCCAAGGUGGUUUAGCACGCAGCAGCCGGAACGAAUACAUGCGCUCGGGCCUCUACUCAACCUUCACAAUCCAGUCCCUGCAGCCACAGCCACCACCACCUCUGCAUCCUCGGCCAGCCUCAGUGCUCCCCAACACUACCCCUGCAGGAGUACCAGCACCUCCCUCGGGGAGCAGGAGCACCAGUCCGAACCCCAUAGAAGCCUGUUUGGAGGCUGAAGAGGCUGGUCUGCCCCUGCAGGUUAUCCUGACCCCACCCGAGGCCACAAACCAGAAAUCACAGGAAGAGUUGAGUCUGGAGCCAGGUUUCGGCCGUCCACUGCCCCCAGAAGUGAAAGUGGAGGGACCCAGGGAAGAACUGCAAGCAGUGGGGGCUGCGGGCUUUGCUUCAGAAACUGUCAAAACGGAACCAGAAGUCUCACCCUCAGCUCGGCUCCCAGCUGUCAUCAUGGAAAACACAGCCCAGGUUUGUGGCCUCUCUGCCUCUGCCGCUGAGAUCGCCCAACCCCAGAAGGGCCGGAAGCCCCGGGAUUUGGAACUUCCACUCAGCCCAAGCCUGCUGGGUAGCCCAGGACCUGAACGGACUCCUGGAUCAGGAACAGGCUCUGGUCUGCAGGCACCAGGGCCAGCACUGACGCCAUCCCUGCUACCCACACAUACCUUGACCCCAGUGAUGCUGACACCAAGCUCACUGCCCCCCAGCAUUCACUUCUGGAGCACUCUGAGUCCAAUUGCACCCCGUAGUCCAGCCAAGCUCUCCUUCCAGUUUCCGUCCAGUGGCAGCGCACAGGUACACAUCCCUUCCAUCAGCGUGGAUGGCCUCUCGACCCCCGUGGUGCUCUCCCCAGGGCCCCAGAAGCCAUGACUCCACCACCACCCCCUUUCUGGAGUCCCUCCAUCCCUGCUCCUCAACUCUCCAACGAGCCAUCUCAAGGAGAAACAGUUCAACUGACAGACUCAUGCUCUCUGCUCGUGGUGGGGUGGAUAUUCCUGGGAAAGAGAGAAUCUUUCACUAACUUCCACCCAAAAUAGACAACUUCUUUCUUUCUUUCUUUUUGCCAGCCUCCCAGUGGCCGCCUUUACACGUCUCCUACUUGAAUGGUAGACGCGGUUUAUUUAUUUAUUUUUUGAAGGCCACUGGGAAGAAUCUGGCCUAACCCUUUUAGGAGAGUGGCUAAGACAUCUCCCCCAUUUUUUCCCCAGUUUUCUCCCUAAAACAAGACAAUCAGGGUAUGGCUUGAAAAGGACCUUUAUUUAUUUCUCAGCCUGCCCUUGGGGAGAUGAGGGUGCCCUGUCUUUAUUUUGCAACCUGGGUUGAAGAGCUAGUUUGUUUUGUUUUAUUAUUCCUGGCCAUAUCUGAGUCCAGGAAGCAAUUGUAUGAUUUAAUGGUUUGGGAGUGGUAGCCAAGGAAGAAUCACACUGUUCACAUAGGAAUUGCUACCUCCCCAACCUUCUCAGUCAGCUUGUUCUUUCUCAAGUAAGCUUUCAGCCAGGGAGGAAUACUCCUCUUGUUCUUCCCCUGAGAAGCCAUUCCUUUGUCUCCAAAUUCCCUGGGGGCCUGCCUAUUACCUCCCAAUGGAGGGUUUUUUUGGGGUGGUGGUCCCCGUCUGGGGGGCCCCUCCAGCAAGUACUCCAGGGCUCUCUGUCUCCCAUCUUCUUCCAUUUUGAUAGUAUAAUCUAUUUUUAAAUGGGGCUUUUCGAUAGGGGAGGGGGAAGCAUCCCUUCCUAUAUAUGAUGGGUGGGUAGGCGGGUGGGUGGGAAGUAAUGGAUUUGGAGGCGGUCUUCCUGCCAACCUCAAGUGUUUAUUUUUGAUACCAAAUGUGUAUUUUCAGCUCCCUCCCUCCCAGCUCCCCAAUUUCCUGCGGGCGGGUGCAAAGGACCCUUUUAAGUGUCCCUGGAGUUGGGAGGGAGGAAUGGGGAAAAUGAAGCCUAUCUUGUAUCAAUUCUAGGCUGGAAGGAAUGGAUUCAAAAAACUCCCAGGCUCACCUCCUGUCAGCACUGGCCCAGACCAGGCCUGAAGACCUGGGGGCUGGUGAUUUGGGGGACGGUGCUACACUCGUCUCCAUUGUUUGUUUUACUUCCCCAAAAUGGACCUUUUUUUCUAAGAGUCCCAGAGAAUGGGGAAUUGUUCUGUAAAUAUAUAUUUUUAAAGGUGUUGAUGAAAAAAAGAAAAGAAAAUGAAAAAUAGCCGUGUUGGAAGCUCAGAGCACCCCUGGGGCAGAGGACCUUCCAUCUUCCUCAAGCUGGGGCGGCGGUAGAACGAUUGUGAAAUUCUGCCCUUCUCCCACCACUGGAAAUUUAGCCCGGCUCCUUAUGAAUUACAUUGCUUAAGAGCUAGUUCCAGGACAGGAACCAAAAGCUACAGAGAAACCCUGUCUCGAAAAUCCAAAAAAAAAAAAAAAAAAUACGUUUUUGAGGUGGUUUUAUUUGGGGUGACCCACCCUGGGGUUCAGUGGCCUUGUUGCCUUGGCCUAGGAUUAUCGCUGCAAGCUACCAUUUUCCACCGGCUUUAUUUUAUUGAUAUUAAUAUUAUUCCAUUUCAUUAAACUGGGAGGCUACCCCGAGGGUGGCAGAGAAAGCUAACAGAUGGGUAGUUGCAGGUUGAGAACUUUGUGAAAAGCCGGAGACACAUCUGGACAUAAAAGGAGAAUGGUGAUCAUAAGGUUUAUUGAGCGCUCUGAGCAUCCAAGACAUGGCUCUGUAAGCCUACUGAGCGGCAUUACUUAAUUUCCCCUCAUAACAGCCUCAGGAGAUACUGUAAUAAAACAGAUUUAGAAACUAAAGAGAGAAAAAUAUGAACCUAUAAACUAUAACCGUGCCAUAGCAGGGGCAAACGGCCUUCCCUUGGUGGGCCCCCCUAUGUGCAGCAAACAGAGCCCUGCUGUCCUGGGCCCCUCUGUGACUGUUCUUUUCACACAGUGUUCUAAAUUCUAAGAAGAGGUGUUUCUAUUCCUUCCUCCCUGGAACCAUUUUUUUUUUCACAUACAAAAUUAAGAGUGUUAACAGAGAGACACAGAAGGUGGGGCCUGAAAUGAUUUUCAAGGAAAAAGUAGUUGGAUUCUCUGGCUUUCAGACUUGAAGGCUGUGUCCAGACCAAGAGCUCAUGCAGACGUGGGAGUCUUCCGCUUGUGUUUUGACAUCGGGCUGUGUGCUGCCCUGAAUUGCUGCAUGUUUGUGAAGUAGCGGUUCUUCAGACGGUGCCUCAUGUGACAGGCUUGAUUUCACAAGUAGCUUUUGACUCUAAACUUUGACUUUAAAAAAAAUCACAUUUAUUUAUUAAUUCUGUGUGUGUGUGCGCGCGUGCGAGUGCCUGCGCCUGCAUGUUUGUGUGUGGGUGUCUGUUGUCUCUGUGAGUCUCUGUGUGUACGGAUGCAUGUGUGUAAGAGUCAGAGGACAAGCUGCUUCUCUUCCCACCAUGUGGAUCCUGAGAAUGGUACUCAGGUUAUCACGUUUGGUGGCAAGUACAUUGAUGCACUGAGCCAUCUCCCUGUCCCCUUUGACUCCAUCCAUUUUGGGGACAGAGAAUAGGUCUGCACCCAAGUGGCCCUAUGAAUGCCACUUUAUGUCCGACAGCAACCACAUGGUAUAAAUUGAUCAACGACUUAUUCCUGGGAAUAGGAAGGAUACCACCCUAUAAACAUCAGGGUGAACUGGUAGUGUAGAACAUAUGGUUUCAUUAAGAAAACUAGGCCAUGGGCUGGAGAGGUGGCUCAGAGGUUAAGAGCACAGGCUGUUCUUCCAAAGGUCCUGAGUUCAAUUCCCAGCAACUACAAGGUGGUUUACAACCAUCUGUAAUGAGAUCUGGUACCCUCCAUGCCAGAAAACUGCAUAUAUAAUAAAUAAAUAAAUAAAUAAAUAAAUAAAUAAAUAAAUCUUUUUCUUUUUUAAAAAAAAGAAAACUAGGCCUGAGAAUUUAUUGAACACAUCAGACCAGAAGAAGGUUGUAAUUCUCUCAUUUAGACUCAAUAAAGACCCCAGUGUGAAAGACCCCUGGUGUGGGGAAACUCUGGUUCAAGUCUCGGGAUAAUACAACUCCCGCCCCCGGAACUCAUGAGAGACCAUCUUUGCUGCAAUCACAGGAGGUGCAUCAAGGCUAGUGGGCACCACGUGAUUACUAAGCCUUGGUUUCCCCAUUUUCAAAAGAGGAACAGCAAUGCUCAAAAUUAUAGAAGGUAUUAGGACAUAAAAAGCACUAAGCAGCAACCUCCUCGCCCAUAGUCUGUAGGUUCAUGCAUUAAAGAAUGUAAAAAGUCUUCAUUUUGGAAGGCAAAUGAGAGUUGUGCAUUAGAGAAACAAAAUGAUGUACUACGUGUGGACGGAUGCGCUUAUGAGCACACACACUCUUGCUUGGUGCUUCCUCAUUUCACGAUCCUAGGAAAGGCAGAGAAGGUGAUGCUUAGGGAUCGGUUGCAGUUUUUAUGUGAUUACUUAUCCAAAGGUGGAGGAGGGGACUAUGUUUUAAGAUCUAGCAAAAGUAGGAUCAGCCAUCUGGUCAGAAGCCACAUCACUGACACUAGUGAGAGAAAGUCGUCUAAGUAAUACACAGUAAGUUGUUUUGCUUGCAAGAAACAAUGGAUGUAUUAAGCCAGGCAAGAUUCCUACAGGGAAACAGAUGGGAGCAAUGAACAUCUCCAGACUGCAGUCUUCUUGAAUGGCACCAUGCACCAGGUGAAUCCAGUUGCCCAGAGAAGAGCAACAGAAAUUGCAUGGUAAUUGCUGUUCUUCGCAGACACCAGACCUGCAGGAUCAGAAGCGGGUGAGAUGGAGUGACGGCGUCCAAAGGAAAUGCCAGGAAAGCACUUAUUCCGUCCCUUCUCCACAUGCCAGAACUACCCAGAACACAGGGAGACUGUAGAGAUCCGUGACUUCCAUUCCCCCUCCUCCACGCAGAACCAAGAAUAUCCCUUCAGAGCUAUAAGGGUCUAAAAUUUCUCCCUUUGAACUCAGAACAUCUAUACCAUCAAUCGCUUCCAUAAAUAUUCUUUGAAUUUCUUAUUUUCUGUUCUUUAAUCCGUACUCUUGCACAUGUCCGUGAUGGUUUCUCUUUUGUCUGUAUAUUGCUCAGGUAGGCUUGAGGACUGCGACGUGUGUCUUCAAACAGCCCACGAUAAGACACUCUCUACUAUAUUUUUGCCCACGCCUCAUAUACUUCCUUUCUCCCUGUGUUUUCCUUCUCUUAUCCUUAGCCCCUCUUCUUUUAAUUUCCAAAUUAUAACUUUCCACUGUCUUAAAAAUCUCCAAAGCCCGUGGGUACUAACAACAUCCCUGCAUUCUUUUCCCAGAUACUUUAAUGUCCUCUCUUUUCUUUUGUAAACACCAUCCUAUUCUUAUCCUUACUCUCAUCCACCUCACUUCUCUCCCACAUAUGACCUUAGUGAUGAGAGUCUGAGUACACACCACUAUGCCUGCCUCUUGUCCUCCAGUGUUGACCCAAGCCUUCAAGAACAAGGGUCCUUAAUGGCAAUGUGUCAAGGGGAAGAACCAGGGAUGAAAAACAAAGACAACAAAGAGAAGCUGGGACUGGCCGGUUUUGCACAAGCUGAUGACUUCUCUCGAGCAGGAUUAAUAAGGAGCACAGUUCCUUACAUACUGUUUGCAGGAGGAAAAUGUCCAAGGCCGGCAGAGAGCUAAAUCAAUGUUGGCAAAGAGAACACAGGAUGCCUGGGACACGGCUGCCAUAGGACUGAUAACCAGAGGGAAGAAUCGGGUCUCCAGAAACCACAACCUUGACUCCUUCAAGGCUCUGGAUCCAGUCCCAGCUUAGUUCUGGUCUUGGAAAAGGACACAGGACCACCUUUUUCUUUGUUCUCUCAUCAGGCUUUCUGAGAAAGCCUUGCAUCAGUCUGGCUCUCAACAAGCGUUUACUGAAGUCAAAUGGUAACUAUUAAUUGGCUAGUAGGAUACUCACGUGGUGGGACCAUCCAGCCAGUAGUAAUUGCUCCCACAGCUAAUAUUCUAGGACACCCUGAGCACCUGGAUGGAGAAACUAUUUUCUGAACCAAGCCAGCUCAACUCUAGAACAGCCAAGUCCCAUGUGAACAUUGCGAAUAGUUCAACUGAAAGAAUGUAGCUAGAAGAAAAGAAAAGAAAACAAACAAAAAUAAAUAAGUUCUGGUGUCGUAAUACAUAAGAAACACAGACAGAACACAGAGAAAAACAGUGCCUCCAACAUCUGCUAAUCUUACUGUCAUGGCCUCCAGUGAGAGAAAGAUGAAAUUUUGGAGAACGUAAAAGAAUGGCUAUAAGUAUGUGCAAGGAAAACAAAGAAGAAACUAAAUUCCUGAUCCAGACCACAAGCCAAAGGCUGGCUGAAAUCAGGAAGGUGAUGUAAGGCGUGAAAGGGGAAUUCAAUGAAGAGAUAGAAGGAAUGAAGAAAAACCUAUCUCGUGCUGGAAAUAAAAUAUGAAUUUUCUGGGGUAUCACCCAGAGAGGGCUACUCAGACACAGGUUUAAGCCAAUAUAAAAUUUUUCUUAGCCAGCCAGUGACUGCAUUGGGUGCUUGCAGUCCCGGUGUAUCCCUGAGCCUUUCUUGGUGUGAGUUUUUAACCACAAAAUAUCCUGGGCUGACAUGCUUUUUU